CGGCCCCGGAGAGCACUGAGCUGCCCCUCCGCCCCCGCCGCGAUGUCUGGCCUCAGCAACAAGCGCGCCGCGGGCGACGGGGGCUCAGGACCCCCAGAGAAGAAGCUAAACCGCGAGGAGAAGACCACAACCACUCUAAUCGAGCCCAUUCGUCUUGGGGGCAUCUCUUCCACGGAGGAGAUGGAUUCCAAGGUACUGCAGUUCAAGAACAAGAAACUGGCUGAGCGGCUGGAGCAGCGGCAAGCCUGUGAGGACGAGCUCCGGGAGAGAAUUGAGAAGCUGGAAAAGAGGCAGGCCACCGAUGACGCCACGCUCCUCAUUGUCAACCGCUACUGGGCCCAGCUGGAUGAAACUGUAGAAGCCCUUCUCCAAAACUAUGAGCGCCAAAGGGAGCUGUCUUCAGGGACAGACGCACCUGGGUGCCAGGAAGGCCUAACCCGUGAUGUGAUCCCCCGAACAGAUCCAGCGACAUCAGAUCUGAGAGACCCCCUGCCAAUGCAGUUUCAAGCCCCUCUCAGUGAGCCAGCCUUGGCUUUUGUGGUGGCGCUGGGUGCCAGCAGCAACGAAGAAGUGGAGCUGCAGCUGCAGGGACGGAUGGAGUUCUCCAAGGCUGCUGUGUCGCGGGUGGUCGAGGCCUCGGACCGCCUGCAGCGACAGGUGGAGGAGCUCUGUCAGCGAGUGUACAGCCGGGGGGACAGUGAGGCCCCUGGGGAGGUGGCACGGGCGCGCACGAGGGAACUAGGCAGAGAGAACCGUCGGCUGCAGGACUUGGCCACUCAGCUACAAGAGAAGCACCACCGCAUCUCACUGGAGUACUCUGAGCUUCAAGAUAAAGUGACGUCAACAGAGACCAAAGUCCUGGAGAUGGAGACGACGGUGGAGGACCUACAGUGGGACAUUGAGAAGCUGCGCAAGAGAGAACAGAAACUCAACAAGCACCUGGCAGAGGCCUUGGAGCAGCUCAACUCUGGCUACUAUGUGUCUGGGAGCUCCUCAGGCUUUCAGGGAGGCCAGAUCACACUUAGCAUGCAGAAGUUUGAGAUGUUGAAUGCAGAGCUGGAAGAAAAUCAGGACUUGGCCAACAGCCGAAUGGCAGACCUAGAGAAGCUGCAGGCUGAGCUUCAGGGGGCUGUUCGGACCAACGAACGCCUCAAGGUGGCCCUGCGGAGCCUCCCUGAGGAAGUAGUCCGUGAAACGGGAGAAUACCGAAUGCUUCAGGCCCAGUUUUCACUGCUCUACAAUGAGUCUUUGCAAGUGAAGACCCAGCUGGAUGAGGCGCGGGGGUUGCUGCUGGCCUCCAAGAAUUCCCACCUGAGGCACAUUGAACACAUGGAGAGUGACGAGCUGGGGCUGCAGAAGAAGCUGCGCACAGAAGUGAUCCAGCUGGAAGACACCCUGGCCCAGGUGCGCAAGGAGUAUGAGAUGCUGCGCAUUGAGUUUGAGCAGAACCUCGCCGCCAACGAGCAGGCUGGGCCUAUCAACCGUGAGAUGCGCCACCUGAUUAGCAGCCUCCAGAACCACAAUCACCAGCUAAAAGGAGAUGCCCAGCGAUAUAAGCGGAAACUUCGAGAAGUACAGGCUGAGAUUGGCAAACUCCGGGCCCAGGCCAGCGGCACUUCCCAAUGCAUCCCCAGCCUGAGCCACCCAGACGACUCUGGCCUCAAUGCCCUAGCCCCAGGGAAAGAAGAUGGCGGGCCAGGUCCCGGAGGUACCCCUGACAGCAAGAAGGAGAUGGCUUUAGUGGCUGGAGCCACCUCUGCCUCCUCCUCAGUAAAGAAAGAGGAGCUGGUCUCCUCGGAAGAUGAUGCCCUGGCCCUCACCCCUGGGACCCAGGGCUUGCCCUCCCGGGGUCGAGAGCCUGAGGCCAGACCCAAGCGUGAACUUCGGGAACGGGAAGGACCCAGCCUGGGACCCCCACCUGUAGCUUCAGCUCUCCCGAGGGCUGAUCGAGAAAAGGCCAAGGUGGAGGAAGCCAAGAGGAAGGAGUCAGAACUGCUCAAGGGUCUCCGAGCCGAGCUCAAGAAGGCGCAGGAGAGCCAGAAGGAGAUGAAACUUCUGCUGGACAUGUACAAGUCGGCACCCAAGGAGCAGCGGGAUAAAGUGCAGCUCAUGGCGGCUGAGCGGAAGGCCAAGGCCGAGGUGGAUGAGCUUCGGAGCCGCAUCCGGGAACUAGAGGAAAGAGACCGGAGAGAAAGCAAGAAGAUCGCGGAUGAGGAUGCCCUGCGGCGGAUCCGGCAGGCAGAGGAGCAGAUUGAGCAUCUGCAGCGCAAAUUGGGUGCCACCAAGCAGGAGGAGGAGGCACUGCUGUCGGAGAUGGAUGUGACAGGGCAGGCUUUUGAGGACAUGCAGGAGCAGAACGGACGGCUGCUGCAGCAGCUGCGGGAGAAGGACGACGCCAACUUUAAGCUCAUGUCGGAGCGGAUCAAGGCCAACCAGAUUCACAAGCUGCUGCGGGAGGAGAAGGACGAGCUGGGCGAGCAGGUUCUCGGCCUCAAGUCCCAGGUGGACGCCCAGCUGCUGACGGUGCAGAAGCUUGAGGAGAAGGAGCGGGCUCUGCAGGGCAGCCUUGGCGGUGUAGAGAAAGAGCUGACGCUGCGCAGCCAGGCCCUGGAGCUGAAUAAGAGGAAGGCCGUAGAGGCCGCCCAGUUGGCUGAGGACCUGAAGGUGCAGUUGGAGCACGUGCAGACUCGGCUUCGAGAGAUCCAGCCCUGCCUGGCAGAGAGCCGGGCUGCCCGCGAGAAGGAGAGCUUCAACCUCAAGAGGGCUCAGGAGGACAUUUCCCGGCUGCGGCGCAAGCUAGAGAAACAGAGGAAGGUGGAGGUUUAUGCCGACGCCGACGAGAUCCUGCAGGAGGAGAUCAAGGAGUACAAGGCGCGGUUGACCUGCCCCUGCUGUAACACCCGCAAGAAGGAUGCGGUGCUCACCAAGUGCUUCCACGUUUUCUGCUUCGAGUGCGUGCGGGGCCGCUAUGAGGCCCGCCAGAGGAAGUGCCCCAAGUGCAACGCAGCCUUUGGUGCCCACGACUUCCACCGUGUGUACAUCAGCUGAACCUGCAACUCAGGGGACUUUGAAACACCCAUAAACCCUAGGGGCUGUGCCCCCCCCAGCUCCCCACUCCCCCAGGGGCAAUGGCCCCAACUUCCUUUCCAGACUCCAUGACCCCAGCCCCUAUGUGCCUAGAAGGGUGGGGCUACUGGUGCAUGCAGGAGAGGGUGGGAUUAACCAAGCUGAGUGCAUCUUCUCCGGAAUGUCAGAUCUGCAGCCUCAGGACUCCCAGGUACACAACAUCCAACUGUGGCCUUGGGAACUGGCUUAACCCUGUUCCUACUGGGGAGACACAUCCAUCCGA